AUGAAGUUGUCAUCAUGCCCGUUUUUGAUGCUGCUGGUCGCCGGUCCUGGCCGGCGGGGGGGUGCCGCAGCAGCGUCCGUGUUUUCGCUCGACUCUGACGACGCAGUCAAGAAGUCGGCCAGCGUACUCGCCUGGGACAUGCUUCAAUACUAUCACGGCAACGAGUCCGGAGCCACGCCCGGGAUCCUCCCGGGACCGCCGCCCGGCGGCGACUACUAUUGGUGGGAAGCCGGCGCAAUGUGGGGCACGCUCAUCCACUACUGGGCCUUGACCGGCGACGAGACGUACAACGGGGAAAUCAUGAAGGCCAUGCAGUCCCAGGUCGGGGAGGGCCAGGACUACAUGCCGCGCAACGUGACGGUCUCUCUGGGCAACGACGACCAGGCCUUCUGGGGAAUGGCCGCCAUGCUGGCCGCAGAGAGCAAGUUCCCCGACCCCCCGGCCGACCGCCCCGGAUGGCUCGGCCUGGCUCAGGCCGUCUUCAACACGCAGGCGAGCCCUCAACGGCACGACGGCACGUGCGGCGGAGGCCUGAGGUGGCAGAUUCCAUUUACAAACAAUGGCUAUGGCUAUAAAAAUAGUGAGUUUCUUCCUCGCUGCCGCGCAGCCGAGUUGCGCCGAGCCCCGACUCCUGACCACGGCGCAGGCAUCUCCAGCGGCUGCUUCUUCAACAUGGCCGCCAGGCUUUCCCGCUACACGGGGGACGCGCGAUAUUCCGACUGGGCAGAAAAGACCUGGGACUGGGUUGAACAAGUCGGCUUCAUCGACCCUGGCAACUACGCAGUCUAUGACGGGGCCAACGUUGCCGCCGAUUGCAAGGACAUUAACGAAGUCCAGUACUCGUACAACAACGCCAUUUUUGCCGAGGGCGCGGCCUUUAUGUAUAACGUUACAAAGGGCGAACAAAGAUGGAGAGACCGAGUCGACAAGCUCAUCGACUACGGCCUCAAGACCUUCUUCCCCGACGACGUUGCCGUCGAAAUCUCAUGCGAGCCCCACGACAGCUGCAAGACAGACAUGUUCGCGUACAAGGGCUUCAUGCAUCGCUGGUACGCGAGCGCGACGCAGAUUGCGCCCUUCACGGCGGGCCGCGUCCUGCCCGUCCUCCGCAAGUCGGCACAGGCUGCGGUCGCCCAGUGCACCGGCGGUGCCGACGGCCGCCAGUGCGGCCUGAACUGGGCAGACGGCAGGUAUGUCGGCGAGACGGGCGCCGGGCAGGAGAUGAGCGUGCUGGCGGCCGUGCAGAGUCUGCUGGUUGGCAGCGCGAGGCCGCCCGUGACCCACGACUCGGGCGGGACGAGUGCCGGCAGCCCCAACGGCGGAAAGGGCGACGAGUCACCGGUGCCGGGGCAGAAGGCUGUCACCGCGGGCGACAGGGUCGGUGCGAGUCUUGUCACGAUUUCGUUGCUGGCGGGAGCCUGCGGCAUGUUUGGGUGGAUGGGCUACGAGGCGUCGGGCCCUUGA